AUGGCUACAUACAACACUGAAGUUCAUUCAGUGGUGCUACAAGUAAGCCCUGAUAUUCACAUCUGUGGAUUCUGCAAACAACAGUUCAAUAAUCUUGAUGUUUUUCGGGCUCAUAAACAAAAUGAAUGCGCUCUCCUGUCCUCUGACUCUGUGACCUGUCCUUCUCCAGCCGCCCUGACUGAUCCUAACACUAGGUGUGUCUCUGGGGAAACGUUUAAAACGUGCGUAUCGAGAGGUGCUAAAAAGUCCACAAGCAAAACACAAAGAUCUCCUCAGAAGAAGCUGAAAUCGUCAUCGGCUUCAAAGAGACACAGCUGUUGCUUCUCAGGUUGCACUUUUAAAACGCAGCAUGGGCAAAAGGAUAUGGAGAGGCACCUUAAAACCCACACUGGAGAGAAGCCAUUCGAGUGCGAGCUUUGCCACAAGCGCUUCAGUCGACGAGACAAGCUGAACAUGCACAGCCGCUCGCACACCGGAGAAAAACCUCACAAAUGUAAUCUGUGUCCGUACGCGGCCGCCGACAGCAGCAGCCUGAAGAAACACGUGCGAAUUCACUUUGACGAGCGGCCAUUUAAAUGUCAGAUCUGCCCUUAUGCCAGUCGCAACUCCAGCCAGCUCACCGUGCACCUGCGCUCACACACUGGCGAUUCUCCUUUCCAGUGCCAUCAAUGCGAAGCAAAGUUCAAAAUCAACUCUGACUUGAAGCGCCACCUGCGCAUCCACUCCGGGGAGAAACCUUACAAGUGUGACUUCUGUGAUUACCGCUGCGCUAUGAAAAGUAACCUCAAAUCACACACUCUCAUAAAACACGGCACCGAGAACGCUUUCCAGUGCGCGCAGUGCAACUUCAAAUGCACCAACAAAACUGCAUUACGCCAACACUCCAGAGAGCACCGACCCGUGCAGCCCAUGCAGUGCUCCCAGGAGCAGACUGAGCUGAGGGCCCGUCAAGCAAAUCGGCUGCACUUCCACUGGCUCUGCUCCAGGGAACAAGUGUGUUUGAAAAGGUCUGAUCCAGUGUGGCACUUGGGCAGUUCCUUCCUUCCUGUGUUCGAGAUCUUUUUGAAUGGGCUCAUAAACAACUCCCCCAGCACCAAAAACACAGGCCAUUUCCAGUCACAGCUGCCCAAAGAAACUAAAGGAAGCAUAAGACAACUGCAAGGCUGA